CGCGGCCGGAGCGCAGUCACAUGACCGAGCCAAGAUGGCGUCGCCGAACUGCCUGUGGCUCCUGGCCCUCACCUUCUUGCCGGGGUCCUGCGCUGCAUGGGCGCUGGAGCAUCUCGACCCUCCGGCGAAGCCGCUGCCACUGGUGAUCUGGCAUGGGAUGGGAGACAGCUGUUGUAAUCCCUUAAGCAUGGGGGCUGUGAAAAAAAUGGUGGAGAAGAAAAUACCUGGAAUUUACGUCUUAUCUUUGGAGAUUGGGAAGGACCAGGCAGAGGAUGUGGAGAACAGCUUCUUCUUGAAUGUUAAUUCCCAAGUAACAACAGUGUGUCAGAUUCUCGCUAAGGAUCCUAAACUGCAGCAGGGCUACAAUGCUAUGGGAUUUUCCCAGGGAGGCCAGUUUCUGAGGGCAGUGGCUCAGAGAUGCCCAUCACCUCCCAUGAUCAAUCUGAUCUCAAUUGGGGGACAGCAUCAAGGUAUUUUUGGACUCCCUCGGUGCCCAGGGGAGAGCUCUCACAUCUGUGACUUGAUCAGAAAAACACUGAAUGCUGGAGCUUACACCAAAGCUGUUCAAGAACACCUGGUGCAAGCAGAAUAUUGGCAUGACCCCAUAAAGGAGGACGUGUACCGCAACCACAGCAUCUUCUUGGCAGAUGUUAAUCAGGAGAGAAGUGUCAACGAGUCCUAUAAGAAAAACCUGAUGGCCCUGAAGAAGUUUGUGAUGGUGAAGUUCCUCAAUGAUUCCAUUGUGGACCCUGUGGAUUCUGAGUGGUUUGGAUUUUACAGAAGCGGCCAAGCCAAGGAAACCAUUCCCUUACAGGAGACCACUCUGUACACACAGGACCGCCUGGGGCUGAAGGAAAUGGACAAUGCAGGACAGCUAGUGUUCCUGGCAGCAUUAGGGGACCAUCUUCAACUGUCCGAAGAAUGGUUUUAUGCCCACAUCAUACCCUUCCUUGAGUGAAACCCUUGUAGUUUGCAGCAGAGAGCUCAGGGAGUCCCUCAUGCUUCCAUACUAGUAGGGGAGAUGAUUUCCUUCACACCCAAGCCUGAGCUCAGAUCCAGUUUGCAACUAAUCUACUCUCUAGUCAUCAUCUAAUAUGCCCUGCUCAGAUCUAAGAUAUGAAUCUUAUCUUUUGCCUCAUCCUGUCACCACAUGGUGUUGAAUGCAAAUUUAAUUAGUUAAUAACAAUGGAGACUGCUUUACAAUCCUUUGAUGUGGUCAACCUGUCUUAAGAAAUGGAGUCUGCUACAUUCCAGUGCCACAACUGUGGCCUGGCUCACAAAGACUGAACAAACUCUAUAGAGCAAUGAAAUAGACUCUAAGGGCAAACACUUUCUCAGGAAAGCCUCUCCACAUUUCAAGCCAAGAGGCCAGUACCCAGGCCUGAGGCAUUCACAUAAAUACUCCCAGUUUUGGUGAUUUUACCAGUGCUUGGAGAAGUAUUGCUUGAAGUUUCUGCUAAUUUCUUGAGCCUGCCCUCCCCUCGUUGAAUGUGUUGUCUUCUGUGCUGUCUGGGCAUUAGACAUACUCAGCUGGCUCGCCAUCUUGUCUCGGUACUUACUGCUCCUUUUGUCCCAAGUAGCAGUAAGUUAGUUAAUCAUAAAAGGAGGAAAAGUAGCACCCAACUGGAUUGUUCAAGGUGGGGAAGUGUGCACCAUGCUUAACUUACACCUGGGGCCUAGGGUGGGGGUGAAGAAAAAUACAUAAAUGGAAACGAAAGAUGACUCAACUGAUUCUUCCCCUUCUGUCCUUGAUUAACCUAUUCUCUCUCAUGACUACUGAGUGGUCUGGGUUCUAGAGUCACUCUCUUGCUGGUGUUAGCAGAGAAUGGGGGGUAAAAGGUGAAGAGAUCAGACUUUCAAACUUACAUCUCAAGAGUCUUAUUUGCCACUACACUCCAAACUAUUUUAGAUUAUUUCCUGUGGAAAAAGGAUUUGCUCAAAAAACUUGGUAAAUACUGCAUACCCCUUUUUUCGUCUUGGAGAUCAACCCACAUCAGAAUAUAUUAAGGACUCUGAGAAUUUCUGCUACGGUAAAGAAAACCUUAAGCUACCACUUCCCAACUACUUGAGCAUGGAUAUUUUAGUCACAUCCUGCCCAUGCCCCAUUCCUCCACCCCAGGAAAACCUAUCAAUACUUUUUGAAAAGACUAUUCUGAGAAUGCUAUUUUGGAGAAAUGAUUAGCUACUCUUGAGGAAACAUCCUGUUAGGGCUGCAAAGUUUACCCUUAAUGAUUUUUCCUUAUCUCAAGCUGCCUUUCUCAAGUAAAAGGACUUAAGGCAGGCAGUAGGGAGAUGCCAAAGUAAUUUUAUGAGACUGUCUAAAAUAAAGAGUAGUUUCUUA